AUGCCUCGGGAUAUGAACAAGCUUCGUAGUAGCUUUUGGUUGCAAGGACAUCAACCCACAGUCACCGAAGCCCUAUACGCAGAAGGACGCUGCACAAGAUGUCGCAGUUCUAGACUGAUCAAGGCGGGAUUGCGCACGCAAGAACAAGUAUUGCGUUCGGCCAGCAGUCCUCAAAUACGGUCCAACACCACAGUCCACAAGCAUAUCCACACGCAUCCACCGCGGACAAACUCCGCCUCCACCGCGCGACUGCCCGAAGCAGCUCGAAUAUCCAGCGGCAAUGACAUAAAUCCAUUCCGCCCGCGGUCCCUCGACAUCCAGUCUCUGCCACCGGGCAUGAAUCGUCUGCUCGCUCCUCGAUGGACAGCAGCAAGACUGGUGGCCGUUCCUCGCCCAUCGGCAACAUCAUACCUCUUCCGAACAUUCACCAACAGCAGCGGAGGCCGCAACAAUGACCUCGACGAAGAAGAGCUGAAAGCCGCUCGUCAAUGGCUGCAAAAGCUAGACGCGGAUACGAUCCCGCGGGACUUGUGUGAAGUCAGCUUCAGCCGGUCCAGUGGACCGGGAGGACAGAAUGUGAACAAAGUCUCCUCAAAAGCUACCCUCCGCAUCCCUCUCUCCUCCCUCCUCCCUCGUCUCCCCUCCCUGCUCCACGAUCCACUCCUGCGCUCCCGCUACCACGCGCCCUCCUCCUCCAGUCUGGUAAUCCAAGCCGACGACUCACGGAAACAAGCCGACAAUGCGAAUGCUUGCUUCCAAAAGCUGCACGAGUUGAUUGUUCAAGCAGGAAGGGAGACUGUACCCGGUGAGACGUCGCCGGAGCAGGUGAAGAGGGUGGAGAUGUUGCAGAAGAAGGAGGCGCAGGGACGGAGGAGGUUGAAGGAGAAGUUGAGCGGGAAGAAAAAGCUGCGGUUCAGCCGAGUGGAAGGACUUGGUCAGGACUCGUGCACCAACGGUGCAGCGUCCGUCUAG